CUUGCCGCCAUUUCGCCCCGCACCCCGUGCAUGCGUCGUCCAUGCACGCCUAGCCAGAGGUAAGCUCGCGCGAGGCGGCGUGGUCGAUGGCCCUGCUCGCCUCCCCGCCGAGGCCCAGGAAGCAGCGGUGCCCGCCCCACCCGAUGCUGCCCAUCUCGCCUUCCCUCCUCUCCCUCAUCCUGCUCGUACCCUUCCUCUCCCUUCUCCUCCUCCACCGCUCCUCCUUCCCGGGCUCCUCCUGCUCCCCGGGCCUGGCGGGUCCCGCCUCGCGCCGGGCCAGCGCGGCCGGCUUCUCGGGGGACCUGCGCGACAUCGAGUUCUCGUGGAACCACCUGCCGUUCUCGGCGUUCAGGCCGCCCCCCGCCAAGCUCAAGAUCGCCGUGUUCUCCCGGAAGUGGCCCGUGGCGUCGGCGCCCGGCGGCAUGGAGCGGCACGCGCACACGCUACACACGGCGCUCGCGGCGCGUGGCCACCGCGUGCACGUGUUCACCUCCCCGCCGCCGCACACCGAGGCGGCGCCCUCGCCGUCCCCCGACGGCCCCCAGCUCCACUUCCUGGACGGCGAGCCCGGGCAGUGGCGCUGCGACGAGGCGUGGAAGCUGUACGAGGCCGAGGGCGAGAACGACCCCUUCGACGUGAUCCACUCGGAGAGCGUGGCCGUGUUCCACCGGUGGGCGCGGGGCGUGGAAAACCUCGUGGUCUCGUGGCACGGCAUCUCGCUGGAGGCCCUGCACUCGGGCAUCUUCCAGGACCUGGCCCGCGGCGAGGACGAGCCCAUGUCGCCGGCGCUGAACCAGAGCCUGGGCCAGUCCGUGUUCCGCGUGCUCUCCGAGGUGCGCUUCUUCCGGAGCUACGCGCACCAGGUGGCCAUCAGCGACUCGACGGGGGAGAUGCUGCGGGACGUGUACCAGAUCCCGUCCCGGCGCGUGCACGUCAUCCUCAACGGCGUGGACGAGGCGGUGUUCGAACCGGACCCCGCGCUGGGGCGCGCGUUCCGGGAGGAGGCCGGGGUGCCCAGGGGCGCCGACCUGGUGCUGGGCGUGUCGGGGCGGCUGGUCAAGGACAAGGGCCACCCGCUGCUGUACGAGGCCUUCUCCAAGCUGGUGCUGCGCCACCCCAACGUGUACCUGCUCAUUGCCGGCAAGGGGCCCUGGGAGAACCGGUACAUGGACCUGGGCCGGAACGCCAAGGUGCUGGGCGCCGUGCCUCCAGGGAAGCUCAAGGCGUUCUACAACGCGCUGGACGUGUUCGUGGACCCGACGCUGCGGCCGCAGGGGCUGGACCUGACGCUCAUGGAGGCGAUGCAGUGCGGGAAGCCGGUGGUGGCGACGCGGUUCCCGAGCAUCAAGGGGAGCAUCGUGGUGGAGGAGGAGUUCGGGUACAUGUUCGCGCCCAACGUGGAGUCGCUGCUGGAGAGCCUGGAGGCCGUGGUGGCGGAGGGCGCCCGCCGCGCCGCGCGGAGGGGGCGCGCGUGCCGGGAGUACGCCAGGUCCAUGUUCGCGGCCACCAAGAUGGCGCUCGCGUACGAGAGGCUCUUCCUCUGCGUCAAGAACGAGACCUUCUGCGCAUACCCCGCCGAGUUCGAUUGAUUAGCAAGUUUUUAUUUUCUCACUACAUAAAUGUGCAUGCGUUUUAUUACUUCUAUUCUAAUAAUCCUACGAAUGUUAUAAGGUGUGCUCUCUCGUUUUUUGCAUUGAACUCCCAGCUAUAGAUGUUUGGAAGUGAUUUCUUGUAUGAAUAUAUAGAUGAACAAAUCUACA